GAUCGUGACGUACGAUGCCGUCGCCAUUGGUGUUUCGAAGCGCGUGACGUCACCGCGCGUAAUCGUUACCCGCCACGGCGGCGAAGGGGGUGGGUGGAGAGCUUCGUGAAAGCGACCUCUGGGUCGGCCAGUUUCGAGUCGGCGUUCGUAGCGUGCGCGUGUAUAAUCCCGUUUUCCUCAGAAUCGUCACGACAAUGGCGGACCGCGUUUGUUGAGUGCGCGGUGUCCACGAACAGCGAGAAAAGACAACAUGUCGGUGAUGCAGAUGCAGCAGGCGAAACGCCAACAAUGCUAUCUGUGCGAUUUGCCGCGUAUGCCGUGGGCGAUGGUGCACGAUUUUUCGGAGGCAGUUUGCCGCGGAUGUGUGAACUAUGAGGGGGCCGAUAGGAUCGAAAUAGUGAUCGAGGCCGCGCGUCAGAUGAAACGCGCUCACGGCUUUCAGGAGCGUAGCACGGCGGCCCACAAGAGCCACAGGAGUGGCGGCGGCGGCGGUCACGAGCAUCAAAACGGCGAGGUCGUCGUUGCUAGUUCUAGCAGACCGCAAUCGGGAUACGGUCUGCACCAUACCCGUGGCGGUAUGCUAGCGGAAUACCCGACGAAUCAGCCGCCUCCGCCGCCGAGAGGCGCGUCGACUAUGGCCCGACCUCAGCUCGAAGCAAACGCUGAACACGACGCCUUGGUGGCCCGUACCACCGUACGUUUACCGACAGCGGCCCAUUUGGCACACCAUCCGUUACAACAGACGCACCAUCAUUCGAAUAACGGGCGGCAGACGGUCGCGGCCGCCUCCGGCGUCGCUCAGCAAGGUAUAAAGCGAGGCCUGUCGGCUACAUCGGCGGAAGACGACGACCAUCACGGUCACCAUCAUUCUAACGGUGACGUGGGCGCGAAGAGGAUGAUGUCGGUCGAAGAUCACGCGGCCGCGAGGCCGCCUCUCACCAGAGGCGAGUCCCUGCCGGCGGUUUCUUUGGCCCAGCCGUUCGUCGUCUCGGCGGAGCGCAGUUUCAAGCAGGAGAAACAUCCGAUGCGGGCCGGGUCUUUCGACGCGGGCACCUCGUUCAAAACCAGCGUACCGGUAUCGAUAGCGAGCGCGAACGGUACCAGCAGUUCCCCAUUAAACCGGACCGGUUCGCCACCGGAAGCCAAUCAGUCGGGUGGCGUGCAACAGAAUCAGCCCCAACCGGGAUCCGGACAGAGCCCCAUGGCCGCCCUAAUGUCCGCCACGGAAAAUUUACCCCCCGGCAGUCCCCGUUCCACCGGCGGCAGUCCACCGACCAACGUCGUCCCCAGGUCAGCUUCUAGGGGUUCUCAGCACUCGCCUAAUUCGACAGCCGGAUCUUCGAGCAGCAGGAGAUCGUCGGGAUCGAGGCACGUGUCUUCUACCACGGUUACUUCUACGGAGGCGGGAGCGAUGACGGGUGCGAACGAAGCGAUGCCCGGAAGCGGGGAAAACGUCGCGGCAGCGACCACACCCGCAUCGACCGCCACUUUAAAAUGUACCCUCUGCCAGGAACGUUUAGAGGACACCCAUUUCGUGCAAUGCCCUUCGGUGCCACACCACAAGUUCUGCUUCCCUUGCAGCAGGGAGAGCAUCAAGAGGCAGGGCGCCGGAUCUGAGGUGUAUUGUCCCAGCGGCGAGAAAUGUCCAUUAGCGAACUCCAACGUUCCGUGGGCGUUCAUGCAAGGGGAAAUAGCGACCAUCUUGGGCGAGGAGUACAAAGUGAAAAAGGAACGCGAGACUUAAUGGCGGCCGAUCGUUGCGCCGCCUGGCGGCGAUUGUUUCACGACAUAUUUAUCGUUCGGACGGCAGACGUCGUAAGGAAUUUGAGGCGAUUCGGUUGUCGACACACGAGAGACCGACGCACAGGCUGUGGAUUGGGAAGGGCGACGAAGUCCGACAAUCUGGUUCGUAGAGGAGCGAAAAAAAAAAACGGAGGAAUCGCAUUUCUCGAAGUUUUCGUACGGUACGGACGUGUUUGUUUUUUGGGUUUGUAAAUAAGUUGUAAUAUAUAAAAGAAGUGUACAAAUAGUAUUGUUUGGGGAGUUUCGUUUUCCGAUUUUCUUAUUAUUAGGGUCAGUUUUUCAUUUUUCGGGCCAUAUAUAAUAUACAUAUACAUAUAGAUUUAUAUAUAUAUAUAUAUAACAUUGUUAAUUUCGUUUUUAUUUUAUUGUACGAGGGAAGAUAAAAACUAGUCAAAAGUGAAGCGGACCGGAUGUUCCCGGUCCCUUCGUUAAAUAGGAACUCCAAAACUCGCUCAUAUUUUUAAGAACGUAUUUAGCUAUUUCUUCAUAAUUGUUAAAUAUUACGACUAACGGACGAACCGGUAUUUUACUGUACCAUAUUAUGGAUUAUCCGGUCUAUUUUUUUUAAUCGCCGUAAAACCACAGUUUUCGCAGUAGUAGGGACGAUUUUAAGCUUGGAUUAGUGACGAGAUUACGGGAUUUUCGAAAAAAGUUCACGUUUAUUUUACUCGACGGUGUGGACCUUUAGCGGAUCGUGAAGACCUUUCCCGAGCGUCCCUAUCGAGCUUGUGAACAUCUUCGUUUCGUACAGGUAGCAAAGUCAGAGUGACAAAGGUUACAGAGGAACAGACAUCGUUUGGAGUGGGAGAACAAGGAAGUAUGGUCUGUUCAUAGAUAUAAGAAAGUGACCAAUUGCUUUUGAAUGGAAUUAUCCGAGGGUGGUUAUUGACAUACAAUGCAACAAGAUUAUUACCUUAAUUAUUAAUUAAUAAUUACAGUAAUUAAUAAUAAUAAUCUUGUUGCAUUGUAUGUUAAUGACCACCCUUGGAUAAUCCGUUCAAAAGCAAUUGGUCACUUUCUUAUAUCUAUGAAUAGAUCAUACCAAAGCAAAUGUUUAAUGAGUCAAUUGAUUUUAGAUUACCGUGUGCAACUUAGAAGUUUUUGCUACAAAAAGCCAAAAUAAAGUUCCUUAAUAUUGCUUUUAAUAUUAGCAAUUUCAUGGUCACUUUCAAAUAUCAUCACUGAGCAUUUAUAAGUAACAGAAUUGUUGAUUGCUAACCAAAGCUGUUGUUGUAAACCUGGAUGUAAGAAUCUUAAUAGCAAAUGGAACGAAUCAAAAUACCAUCCUGAUUGAUUGGUUACGUAUUACUUUUCGUGUGAUAUCAUUUAAAAAUAAUGAUACGAAUUUACAAGGCACUCCAUUGAAGUGUGAUGAACAAUUGAAAUGAGGGCGAUUUCAUGAUUUAUAAUGUGAUCAAAUACCACAAACAAAUUCAUAAACCAAAAAAAUAAUUAACCCAUUUUGUUUUGAAAGUUUAUAGAAAAAAUUUGAAACUGAGGUGGCUUUUACUUGAUGAAAAUCCAUUUAUCAAAAUAAAUAAGAGCUAAAAGUUCCGAUUCUCACGAAAUUAUAUAUUUUCACAUGACAAUUAUUUCGACAACAUCGUGUCUUUAUCAAAUCAGAGACAUUUGAUAAAGACACGGUGUUGUCGACACAAUUGUCGUGUAAAAAUAUAUAAUUUCGUGAAAAUCUUAACUUUUAGUUCUUAUUUGUUUUGAGAAAAAAAUUUUUUCUUUGUCAAUUAUUUCAGAACAUUUUAAUAUAGCGAUAAAAAAUAAAACUUUUCAUUUCUUCUGUUUUUUGUAUCGAACGUACUGUUCCGUUAUUUAAAAGCUUUAAAAAUGAUUUUGAUAAAACUUCGAUGGUAACGCUCAAAAUUUUAAAAAAUGUAAUAUUAAAAAAAAAGCAAAGCAGUUACGGUUACGGUAAAACAGACUUAUUUUUGCGUGAUAAAUAUCAUCAUCGAUAUUUAAUUUUGAAAAACACCCAGUUGUCAUGUUAAAAGUCGAUAUUCAAAAAAACAAAAAAAAUCGCGUUUAACAAAUGUGGCUGAAAAUAAGUAUUGAAACUUAAUGUUUAAAUAUUUCUAAAAGUUUUGUAACUACAAUAUGAGAGUCGUGACCAUGUGAAGAAUGUAAACAAGAGCGACUCCCAUUUUAAGCAAAUCGCUUCACUUAAAGAAGCACCACAACAUAAGGGCCUUUCAAUACAAACAGUUCUUAAAAAAUACAAUUAGUAUACACUAAUUUAGAGAAAAACUAUACUUGAAUCGCCACCGCGCUCGCGAGAUCUGAACCCCAUCGAACUUUUUUCGGAUAAUCAAUAACCAUAAUUAUAUCAUAACAUAUACCUUAGUUCCAUGAGUAAUUGCAAAUUGGUGUAGUUUCCCAUAUAGGAAUUGAAGCUGAAGAAUAAACGCUCAUAUAUAUAAGGUUAAUGUUGUUUUUUCCUUUAUGAGAAAUCUCGACAGUCUCGUUACUAGUCUAAGUUUAAUCAGCAAUUUGCAUUUGUACGGCUUAAAUAGAGAUUAUUAUUGAUAAUGACGAUACCAAAAUAAACGAAAAGUCGAAUAUUCCAAUUUUUUUCGGGAUUAACGCCGUUUUCAAUUCGAUGAUAUCACGGUAUCGUCAUAGCUUGUUGUAUUUACGGCACGGUUUUGUACUCCCAAAUAAUUUCCCCCUUUUAGAUUUGGUAUUUACUUGUAGAAUGUCGCGUGAAGCUCCCGUCACUUUUUUUUUAAAUUUAUUAAACGCGUAGAUUGUCGUCAAUUACCAAAUUGGCACUUGUUUACAUAUUGAGGAUAUUGGAAUUAUAUUGUAAAAAAAAAAAGAAAAACGCUGGUAUUUAUAGUUUGAAAUUUGUGACGUUUCGCACAGAUUGGUCUAUACGGCAAGAAACGUAUUGUAUUGACAAUGUCAGAACUGUAUAUUGUAGUUGUUAAUUUGUAUAACAACUAACGUUCUAUAAGGAUAAUAAUGAUGAUACGUUAAGGCUUGUACAAUCUUUCGCUGUUAGUUGAUGUCAAAUAAAAUUGUAACUUGG